AUGAAUAUUAUCAAGAAAAUAAUGGAUUCGGGGUCCAAACCCGACCUAAUUUCGAUUCCUGCGGGUCGGUUUUAUCUUCUGAGACCAAAAUCAUCUCCUAAGGCCACGAUUGAGUGUAUUUAUGACGAUGCAUCAUUGGUGAUGAAGGAAUCGGGAACACAUUCGUUUCAGCUGGUAGUACGCCGAGAUGUGGACGACACUGAGCUUGCUGGUGGAGACGGUGCAGAUGAAUUUGAUGAAGACGGUUUGACUGUUCUUUCGAGCAACAGUAAGCAGGAUGAGGAGUGGAAUUUUGCACUUAACGAAGCACUCUAUUUCCAUCGGACAUGGAAUAAACAAGGCGAAGUCACAUUUGUGUGGCGGAACACGAAGGGUGACAAGGGCGAAAAAUUUCAGUUUGUAAUUGAUCCUGAGAUUCCGCUGUCGGAUGUGGAUCAGUUUCUACAGGCGGCGUAUCGCUGUCAAUAUGAGACGAAAUACAAUAAUUCAGCAAUAGGUGCUCAAGAAAAAGACUUGAAAAAAUUUGAUUUUGGCGGAGACUGGGAUCAGAAUGCGCUUUUCAGCGACGAUGAACAUGACAACUCUGAGGUUUCGAAUCUCGAGAAUAAGGUGCAGACGCUCUUUAUCGAAGACUCAAGUACCGAAAGCGACGAAGAAGAAGACGAUGACCGCUCUUUUGAAGACGCGCGAGACGAUUUCAAAGUAAAGAAACAAGCUGUUAACUUUACCGUCUUACUUUCGUCUAAUGCGCAAUUGUCUGUUUUCGACCCCAUGCAACAGGCAUUUAUGGUUCAAGCAGACAAAGUUAAACUUGAGAUUAAGGAGGUUGGGAAGUUCGAGUUUUGGCUUUCAGUUGAGCAUGAGUUUAUGGAGCUUGGGACCGAUGUAUCUCCUGAUGUAAACCCCAUUUUCGAAGUCGGAAGUCUGGAAUUUAUCUUCAAUUAUACAUUCGAAAAUAUCACCCUUUCCUACAAAGCUCACUUUGCUGCCUCAGAACAAUUCACAGAAUUUCAGAAGUGCUGGAGCACUUGCUUAUGGGAGUCUUUGAAUAGAAGAAAAUGGUCCACCAUGAACGAGUUGGAGCAGAAAUACAUUUUAGAGGCCGGUAAACAUGCAGACAGUGAGCUCAAUGACUUUCUCAAUCUGUCAGGUGAAAGCUCGAGUGAUGAUUCGUCUAGCGAAAACGAUGACGAUGACGAAGAGGAAGAGUCGGGCCAACCAUUACGCCAAGUCGAUCUUACAAAUUCAGAUGACUCGGCUGGGGAAGAUGCUUUUCAGAAAUCGACAGCGAUUGCUGGUAACAAGUCUUUGACCAUUGCGUUCAAGAACAAUAGGUCUUAUGUGGUCCGAGGCGACCGAAUUGGUGUUUUCAAAACGGACGAGGACGAAAGCGAAGUGAACUUCGUAACUUCAAUAAAAAGUGUUGCAGACCUAAAAGGAAAACGGUUUGAGCCUGCUAAUCCCAUGCUUUAUCGUGAGGACACUGCCCUUAUUCUACAGAAUUCUGAUGACAGGGGUAAACUUUACAAGAUGGAUCUGGAAAGGGGGCGAAUUGUCGAAGAAUGGAGCGCCGGUGGUAAAGAUAUCGUUAAUUAUGGGCCGUCUAAAAAAUUCGAUCAAUUGACUAAUGAGCAAACAUUCUUGGGUAUAUCAGAGAAGGGCCUUUUCAAAGUUGAUCCGAGACUCAAUGCUCAAAACAAGAUCGUGGAGGAUCAAAGUAAAGAGUACGCCACCAAGUACAAGUUCUGCUCAGUGGGCACAACAGGCGAAGGUUUUGUAGCCGUGGGAUCUGAGAAGGGAGAAAUCAGACUCUAUGACAAAGUGGGACUGCGGGCCAAGACUUUGAUUCCUGCACUAGGUGAGCCUAUAAAUCAUUUGUGUGCGUCUACAGACGGUCAAUGGCUAUUAGCUUCUUGCGAUAGUUUCAUUUUACUCAUAUAUUUGACCAUCAAAAUUGGUAAAGAUCAAGGUAGCGUCGCUUUUAAGAAACCGUUUUCCAAGCAAGAGAUGCCCAGCAUUCAUAUUUUGAGAAUAAACCCCAAAACAGCAUCUUACAUGAUCACCACGACAAAAAAGCGAAUAAAAUUUUCCAAAGCUUUUUUCAACACCGGUAUUGAUCAAAAGGAACAGACCAUUGUAUCGUCGACGGGUCCCUUUGCCAUCACCUGGUCGAUCAAGAAAAUAUUGAAAGGCGACAAAACUCCUUAUCUUAUCAAAAAAUACAAAUCCAACGUUGUUGAAGACAAUUUCCGUUACGGUACAGACAAAAAUGUUUUACUUGCCCUCAAGGACAACGUAAAACUGUCCAAAAAGAGCAAAUUCCGAAAUCCGUCGAAGGAAAUAGCCACCCAGCGUGACUAUCAGGACUUUUUGCAAUCAUCCGAGGAGGUAGUACAGAAAUAUGAGGCUUGA